AGUCGCUCAGAGAAGUCAGGGUUUUCCGUGACGUUCCGGUGGUUAGGAUCUGUGUAGAGGCGUACCGGGGAUGUUGUUAAUGAUGAGAGAGUGGCUACUGCUGCUGGGGGCGCUGCUGACUGCUGUGUCCACAGUUCCCGCCAACCCUACGCAACGGUACCUGGACCAAGAUCGUCAGAACAGAGCAGGCAGCGGUGCCGGGGACGCAGCAGAAGCGGCGCCGCAGGUGGUGUGGGGAAAGCAGUGUUCGCCUCGCUUGGCUUGUCUUCGCCUGCUCCAAGAUACCAUUCUAGAGUGUGAGGUGUUUGCUCCCUCAGGCACCGUCCUCUCCUGGUACAAGGACCAGGCGCCCCUCGACCGUCAGAUAGAUGAGCGGAAUAGUGUGUGGAGAGGAGGUCAGACUCUGGCAAGGUCCACCUCCAAGGUCCACUUGUCUUCCGUUGUUUUCAUCGACUGCGCCUCCGUCGAGGACCUGGGAGAGUACCGGCUGGAGGUACGCACACCAGGCGACCAGGUCUUCGUCAGACACUUUACCGUCAACUUGACAGAUACCGAGAAAGGUAUGCCGGGGCGCACGUGCUGGUUCGGGAAAGACUUGAUAGAUCAACUCCCACGCAUCUACGAGUACGCCAGGAAGGCUGCGGGCGUGCACGCCAGCGACGUGCUGCUGCCGUGCCGCCUCCGUGCUCACCUCCACACCAAGUCCACAACCUGGCUCUUCAAAGGCACGCGCCUCGCAUCGCACCAUGCCAAGUAUAAGCUGCUGCCAAGUGGCGACCUGCUGGUGAGAAAUCUUCAACCGGAGGACCAAGGAAUGUAUACCUGUCGCGCCUAUAGCAACAAGAUUAUGGGCUACACUGACCAAAUACACACCUUCGUCUAUCUCAUGGACCAGGAGACCGUUGUUUAGGACCCAGCCGUUGUCAGCAGCACUACAGCUGUUGUCAGCAGCACUACAGCUGUUGUCACCAGCACUACAGCUGUUGUCAGCAGCACUACAGCUGUUGUCAGC